GUCGAAUUCAAGAUUGUAAAAUGGGUGAAACAGACAUGUUAUCAGCGCAGUUUACCUCUGCAUAUACAUAUCUUAACAAACAUUCAAAUAUUAAGCUAUCCGAUGAAAUCAAAUUAAAGCUUUAUGGUACUUAUAAAGCUGCAACGAUUGGCACUUGUAAUACUCCAAAACCUUCUUUACUAGAUUUUAGAGGUAGAGCCAAGUGGGAUUCUUGGAAUGAAUUAGGUGAAAUUUCAAAAGAGGAGGCAAAGCAACGUUAUAUCGAUAUUUUGGAACAAGCGAAUGUUGGAUGGAGUAAAGAUCGUCUGGACAAUGAAGAAACGAAGGCUAUUCCACAAGAUAGAUGGACAUAUGUUUCCACUUUGUCAUAUGAAGAAGAGGCAGUGACAAAGUUAGUAUUAUAUACUGCAAUUGAAUUUUUGAAUCUUGAUAAUGCAGUAGAAGAUAGUAACGAUAAGCACAUGGGUCCUUGGACGACAUUCAUAAGGGACAGUAAAAAAAUUAAGAACACGCCGUUGACACCCUAUGUUGACAAGGAACUCCUUUAUAACAACCCUCUGUCCGUCGAUGGAACAAAGAUUACCGUAGAGACUGGUUUCCAAUAUGAAGUUCCAGAACUUACAGACGAGAAACUCGUGGAGAUGAUUGAAGAUUUUAAAGUUAUAGGAUGGUGGCCGAAAGAGCAAGAAGAU